CUAACAGUUGUCUCGGUAGUGUAAAAGUUAGUGAACAGUUGACACAGUUGUGUAAAGUUAGACGUUGUCUCGGUCUGAAAGAGAUUCAACACGGGAGCCAAAGAGAGCCCAUGACAGAAGUCUCUUUCAGACAUCAAGGAAGAGAGGUGAACCCGAAAGAGAGGAGAAGAGCGAGCAACAGAAACUAACGGUGCGGAACACAGCCGAGAGAGAGAGAGAAGAAGAAAACAACAAUAAUUCCUGAAAGAGAGAGAGAGAGAGAAGAAGAAAACAACAAUAAUUCCUGAAAGAGAGAGAGAGAGAGAAGAAGAACAGAUGACAAUUGGGUCGAGGAAAAGUUCGGUGCGGAGCUCCAUCCGGGCCCCGAAGUUCCUGGACAAAGCCAGCGGGUUUUACGGCCGCCUGGACGAGCCUGAGACCAGCGGAGAGAGGGAUGAAGAUGAGAGGGGAGGAGGAGGAGUACGAGUAGAGGACGGGUGGAACAGCGCGGCGGUGGACAGCGGGAGGGGUGGGGGGUCGGUGAGUGAGCCGGCGCCGGGUGCGAGGCACGAACGGGGGCAGUCCGGCGUGUUCAACUUUAACGAGGGCCUGAUGGAGGACGACGGGGAGACGCUGCUGCGCCGGAGACCCGGGCGGCGCAGCAGCAGGUGGAGGAGGAGCUCCAGGAGGAAGCAGGAGGCCAGACUGGAGGAGGAGAUUUCCCGGGUGGACACACUGACCCUGGGCAUAGAGAGCGGGACCGAUGCCCCGGCGUUGGAGGGCAGCGGUAACAGGGUAAAGGCGGAGGGGUUGAGGAAGAUGGAGGAAGGAGGAAGAGGGGCCGAACCUCCACUUCAUCACUUUGCGGUCAAGGAAGACACCGACGACCAAGUGCUUAUAAGAGACAAGAAGCGAGGGAGAGAGGAGGGAGAAGAGGAGAGGAGGAUGAAGAGAGAGCAGGAGGAGGGGAUGAAGGCUGUGAAGAGGAACACGGUGAAGAACUACCGCAAGGCCCUGGACCGAGCCUUCCGUCGCGGCUGGGAGGCUUUCGUCACCAACCUCUACAGCGUCACCCUAACUCCCGUCACUUCGUCAUCCUCAUCUUCGUCACCCCCGCAUCUGCCGAAGGAGAAGCUCCAGCGCAACCCCGCCGAGGUUAUGGCAUACAGCUCGCAUUAGCAUCAAGGACCCCGAGAUAAAAGCUGAAACUAUAUAUAUAUAUAUAUAUAUAUAUAUA